AUGUACCAGACUGCUGAAGAGAUGGCCCAUGCGGGCUUUGUCUACACUCAGGGUGCCGAUGGUGUGUGCUGUUUCCAAUGUGUGGUGCGGCUGAGACAAUGGGCACCCCACGACGAUCCUUGGGGGGCACAUCACAAGUGGUCCCCAGACUGCGAUUACCUCAAGCUAACCGGCCUGUUGAAACACCGGAAACAGAGUGUUCUUCCCGGAUGUCUCGCCCUGGAGUACAAGCGUACCACCUCCCACUGUACCAUGUACGGCCACCUCGGUGUGACAGACGGGAGUCCAGUGUCAGUUGGCCGAGUUUCAGAUGAUUCAUGUCGAUAUGCAAUUUUGGACAACGGAGCCUUAGAGAUGUGCAGGUCUGACGGCGCGCCACUGGUCAAGAUUGACACAGCGGAGAAACAGGACAUCGUCAGAGGCUUGUUCAACUUCAAAGACUACAAAAACCAAAAGCUUCCCUGGAUUGGACUGCGGGACACGACCAGGUCAAACGUCUACAGAUGGACUGACGGUUCCGUCCCGACGUACACGAACUGGUACAAAGGGGAGCCCAGCUUUACAUAUGGAGGCCAGCACGAGGACUGUGUCCCGAUCCUUUCACAGACGGUUGGGUCUGUAUGGAACGAUGAUGACUGUAGUGAAGUACGCUGGUUUGUGUGUGAAAUGUGAUUUGAACAUGUUCACCAAAUAAUGCCUGCAGAACCUUCCUAUCCAAUCACGGUGGUAUGUCAACAGACAGACAAGCAUUUCAGUUACAGCAUGGCGUGAGAAGUGAUGCAGAUCUUAGACAUAAGCAACUUUUCACAUACACAUUUAUCCCUCUUACAUUUAACUCUCUGUCACUAAGUACCAA